AUGACGGGCAUUACAGAGAUGACGGGCAUUACAGAGAUCAUGGGCAUCACUCAGAUGACGGGCAUCACAGAAAUCACGGAUAUCACGGAUUUCGAUUCUCUUUAUGGACAAGCCGACUUCAAGAGUGGUACCGGCUUUGCAAUGAAACGUGAGCCUCAGCUUGUUAGAGAGUACGAGCCAGACAGUCUAGCCUACGUCUGGGCUGCACUGGCACGGCUCCUACCAGCAGAGAUCCCGUCGAAGACCGCCUACGACUCAUCCGCAACUACGUCGGUCGAUGGCGGCUCGCCAACCAGGCGACCUUCCAGCUCGUCAUCAUCAACACAAAGCCUCGACUUUAUUGAAAAUAUAUUGCCCAGCCCUCUCGAGGACUUAACUGUACGCCUCGCAAGCUAUUUUAUUCGCUGCGUCAUCAACUACGCUCAGUCAGCCAAUAAGUUGUUCCCUAUUUACUUUCGCGACGAGAGUCUCGUGUGCAGCUUUAUGUCUUCUGCCAGUGGUCAUAUUAUCAGUGCAGUUGAUGAUGGUGGCUUGCAGGUCGAAACAAAAAACUCAGUUUUCCAGGUAGCGACGCUGGAGGGAAAACGGGGAUUCCAAGAGUUCGCAGAAGAGGGAAAUCCGACCGUUUCGGAUAAAACUCUAGGUCAGUUGGUCGGACAAGCCCUUUCCCUGCGGCGAGUUGAGAGCAAAAAAGCCAGAACUAUUUGUGAAAACGAUAUCAUCGUUCUCGCCAUUACACAUUGCAUUAAAUUUUUCCACUUUCAUAUUUCAGACAACUUUAUUGCGGAGUACGAGAAGCCUUUGUCAGAAACGGAAUACUUGACCGUAUACUCUACGUGGUUUAACAUUAAUCAAAAAACACCUCGAAAAUCAGCUGUGGAGCACAUUUUAGCCAUGAUGGCUUGGGCUGGUUCGCUACAUGCCAAUCAUAUUCAGAAGGAGGAUGAUAGUAAUGGCGGCGAUGGCGGCGAUGUCGAGGAGUAA